CCUCCCCCGCAGCUCCGCCAUGGGCCCGCGCAGCUCCCACAUCGCGCUCAUUCCCGACGUGGACCAGAUUCGGAACGAGACCGGCUUCUCGGAAGCCAGUCUGCUCCGCCUCUAUGGCCGGUUCCAAACACUGGACAGGAACAAGAAGGGCUUUUUGAGUCGCACGGAUCUCCAGCAGAUCGGGGCGCUGGCGGUGAACCCUCUGGGAGACCGCAUUAUAGACAGCUUCUUCCUGGAUGGGAGUCAGCAAGUUGAUUUCGCAGGCUUUGCCAGGGUCCUGGCUCAUUUUCGACCUGUAGAUGAGGAGGAGGCCGCAACCCGAGACCCCAAAGAUCCUGAACCCCUUAACAGCAGAAUGAACAAACUUCGCUUUGCAUUUCAGCUCUAUGACCUGGAUCGGGAUGGAAAGAUCUCGAGGAAUGAGAUGCUACAGGUUCUCCGACUGAUGGUUGGGGUCCAGGUGACAGAUGAGCAGUUGGAGAGCAUCACAGACCGCACAGUGCAAGAGGCUGAUGAAGAUGGUGAUGGGGCUGUGUCUUUCCUGGAGUUCACCAAGUCCUUAGAGAAGAUGAACAUCGAGCAAAAAAUGAGCAUCCGGAUCCUGAAGUGACCUCCCUUUGUGCCUUUGGCUGGUUUCUGCAAACCAGUAUCAGCUUGGGAUUCAUCUUCAGCCCCCCUGGAGGCAGGACCCCCAUUUUAUGUACUAUAUUUGUACUUUAAAAAUGAACUCUAUUUAGUACCCAGGAGUCAAAGUUGGAAAUGUUUAUGCAAAAGUUUAGCCCAUUUGGUCUCAGACUUGUGAAUCGGCCAGGAAUCUUGAUUGCAAGUGACUAGAAAUCCAACCCAAAGUGACUUAAGUAAAAAAGGGAUUUUGUGGCUCAUUUAAUUAAAAAGCCCAGAAGUAUUUGUUUGCAGGCACAGCUGGAUCCAAGGGCACAAAUAUUAUCAGGAUUGAGCUGUGUUGCUUGUGUUCCCCAGCUCAACUGCUUUCUGCAUUGGCAUAAUUAUUUCCUCAUGGUGGAGGAGGGCCACCAGCAGCUCAGGUCACAUCCUUCUAGCCUAGUAACCCAGAGGAAAGAGAUCCUUUAUUCUAAGAACACCAAGCAAGCAGUAUCUUGGUACAUAUGAUUGGGGCCUUUUCUUUAUCUCCAGGGGAAUGGAACACUCUAAUUCCUGUGUCAUAUACUAAUUCCCAAAGUCAGAAAAUAAUUCCUGAAGAGGUGGCCGCUUUAAAGAAAGUGAAGUAUAGUUAUCAGAGAAGGGAUGUGUGUGUGGGGGGGGGUACUUUGUUUUUUGUUUUUUGUUUUUUUUUCCUCAGACAAAAUGAGAACGGAAAUCCCUUACUACUUGGUUGGCCACAUGGAGGGAACCUUGAAGUGUGACCUCUUAAAUGGGUUUUCUCUGAUCCCUGGAUGAAUGACAGUGUGAUAGGGGUUGGUGGCUUGAGGGAAGAUGAUGUACAAAUA